AUGUCGGAGAAACAAAUUUUGAUGGUCAAGAAAAGUAACAACAAGAGACAACGAGUGAACCUAGUUCCCAAGUUCUCCAUCAACGACCACCAUGACGUGCUGGUGGAAAUCCUCAGGCGACUAGAUGGCCCUUCUCUAUGUUCAGCCGCUUGCGUUUGCCGUCUUUGGUCGGCCGUGGCUCGCAACGACUCAAUAUGGGAAGAGCUCUGUUUCCGACAAGUGUCACCACGACCUUCACUUUCCAUACGCUCCGUUGUGUCGGCUCUUGGUGGAUACCGACGUCUCUACUUCCUAUGCAUCCGUCCGGUCCUCGCACGAGUCCCCAAGAUUCUAUGGAGUCGAGACCAGCUUCAGCUCUCGCUCUCUCUUUACUGUGUCCACUACUACGAGCGCCUUUACGUUGGUGCGUGGCUUGGAGACGCGCCACCUUCUUCGCUCAUUUUCCUUCGCAAGCCCCUCAACGUCCUAUGAUUUUGCCUUUUGCUGGUACAGCCUAUAACUAGGAACCUAUUAUUGUAUUCUUUAUCACAUAU